ACAGCGGCUACAGGAAGUGCAUUGAAGAUUUUAAUGCAUGAAUUAUGCAUGCGGUGCUCAUUCUUUAGUCUCUGGACAGAAUGACAGGGUUUGUGAAGUCGCCUCAGAUAGUUUUUUGCAUUAAGUGACUGCAGUGAAAUGCUCAAUAUUUUCAGACAUAGAAGCAGCAUUGACUCGGGCCAGCCGAAUUUGGAAGAUGUAAAUCCCCCAGCUCACAGCACAGAAUGCGUUAUUUGAAAGUAUCGCUAUGUAGAGAGCCAGCUUUGCUGUCCUCUAACCUGCUCUCCUCAGAAGGUUGGCUGAAGGAUGGGAGCGGCUGUGCCUGCUUCUGAGGUCACAGCUUGAAGUCCUUUUAACUUGCUUUCUGCUGCAGGAGAGAGGCUUAUUGUGGUGUAACUGUCGCUGUAUUUAUUCAAAUGGACAAUUUGCAAUAGAUAUUAUACCCAGCACGGCAGAUAGUGCAACAUAUGAGGUGUUUAAUACUGUCCAAUUGCCAUAACACUAGAGCUUUUUUCUGGAAAAUUGAAUUUAACUUUUCAACACAAUAUGAAAAUGUGGUUGCUGGUCAGUCAUCUUAUGAUCAUAUCUGUUACAUCCUGUUUAGCAGAGUUUACAUGGCACAGAAGGUACGGCCAUGGAGUUUCAGAAGAGGACAAAGGAUUUGGACCAAUUUUUGAAGAGCAGCCAAUCAAUACCAUUUAUCCGGAGGAGUCACUGGAAGGAAAAGUUUCACUAAACUGCAGGGCACGAGCCAGCCCUUUCCCGGUUUACAAAUGGAGAAUGAAUAACGGUGAUGUUGAUCUGACGAGUGAUCGAUACAGUAUGGUGGGAGGAAACCUUGUGAUCAACAACCCUGACAAACAGAAAGAUGCCGGAAUAUACUACUGCCUAGCAUCAAACAACUACGGAAUGGUCAGAAGUACCGAAGCAACCCUGAGCUUUGGAUAUCUGGACCCUUUCCCACCUGAGGAACGGCCCGAGGUCAGAGUAAAAGAAGGGAAAGGAAUGGUGCUUCUCUGUGACCCUCCCUACCAUUUUCCAGAUGAUCUUAGCUACCGCUGGCUUCUAAAUGAAUUCCCUGUAUUUAUCACAAUGGAUAAACGAAGAUUUGUGUCUCAGACAAAUGGCAACCUCUACAUUGCAAAUGUUGAGUCUUCUGACAAAGGCAAUUAUUCCUGCUUUGUUUCCAGUCCUUCUAUUACAAAGAGUGUGUUCAGCAAAUUCAUUCCACUCAUUCCUAUACCUGAACGAACAACGAAACCAUAUCCUGCUGAUAUCAUAGUUCAGUUCAAGGACAUAUAUACAUUGAUGGGCCAGAAUGUGACUUUAGAGUGCUUCGCUCUUGGAAAUCCUGUUCCUGAUAUUCGAUGGCGGAAGGUUCUAGAACCAAUGCCAAGCACUGCUGAGAUCAGCACCUCUGGGGCUGUCCUGAAGAUUUUCAAUAUUCAGCUAGAAGAUGAAGGCCUGUAUGAAUGUGAGGCUGAGAACAUUAAAGGAAAGGAUAAGCAUCAGGCAAGAAUUUAUGUUCAAGCAUUUCCUGAGUGGGUAGAACAUAUCAAUGACACAGAAGUGGACAUAGGCAGUGAUCUCUACUGGCCUUGUGUGGCCACAGGGAAGCCCAUUCCUACUAUCCGAUGGCUGAAAAAUGGAUAUGCGUAUCAUAAAGGGGAAUUGAGGCUGUAUGACGUGACAUUUGAAAAUGCUGGAAUGUAUCAGUGCAUAGCUGAGAACACACACGGUGCCAUUUAUGCAAAUGCUGAGCUGAAGAUCUUGGCUCUGGCUCCAACUUUUGAAAUGAAUCCUAUGAAGAAAAAGAUCCUGGCAGCUAAAGGAGGAAGGGUCAUAAUUGAAUGCAAACCUAAGGCCGCCCCUAAACCAAAGUUUUCGUGGAGUAAAGGGACAGAGUGGCUUGUUAAUAGUAGCAGAAUACUCAUCUGGGAAGACGGGAGCUUAGAGAUCAACAACAUUACAAGGAAUGACGGCGGUGUCUACACCUGCUUUGCAGAAAAUAACAGAGGGAAAGCAAACAGCACGGGGACUCUUGUUAUCACAGAUCCCACACGAAUCAUCUUGGCACCCAUUAACGCCGACAUCACAGUUGGAGAAAAUGCCACCAUGCAGUGCGCCGCGUCCUUCGAUCCUGCCUUGGACCUCACGUUCAUCUGGUCCUUCAACGGCUAUGUGAUCGAUUUUAACAAAGAGAACAUCCAUUACCAGCGGAAUUUCAUGCUGGAUUCCAAUGGAGAGUUGCUGAUCCGAAAUGCCCAGCUGAAACACGCUGGAAGAUACACAUGCACUGCCCAGACAAUCGUGGACAAUUCUUCGGCCUCAGCUGAUCUCGUUGUGCGAGGCCCUCCAGGCCCACCAGGUGGUCUGAGAAUUGAAGACAUUAGAGCCACUUCCGUGGCCCUUACUUGGAGCCGUGGUUCAGACAAUCACAGUCCCAUCUCCAAGUACACGAUCCAGACCAAGACCAUUCUUUCAGAUGACUGGAAAGAUGCAAAAACGGAUCCUCCAAUUAUUGAAGGAAAUAUGGAGGCAGCAAAAGCAGUGGAUUUAAUCCCAUGGAUGGAGUAUGAAUUUCGUGUAGUAGCAACGAAUACAUUGGGUAUAGGGGAACCCAGUAUACCGUCAAACAGAAUUAAAACAGAUGGUGCAGCACCAAAUGUGGCUCCUUCAGAUGUAGGUGGUGGGGGUGGAAGCAACAGAGAGCUGACAAUAACGUGGGCGCCCUUGUCAAGAGAAUACCACUAUGGUAACAAUUUUGGUUACAUAGUAGCAUUUAAGCCAUUUGAUGGAGUUGAAUGGAAAAAAGUGACAGUUACUAAUCCGGAGACCGGCAGAUAUGUCCAUAAAGACGAAACCAUGAGCCCUUCCACUGCGUUCCAAGUGAAAGUGAAGGCUUUCAACAGCAAAGGAGAUGGACCCUACAGUCUCAUAGCCGUCAUUAACUCAGCACAAGAUGCUCCCAGUGAAGCACCGACAGAAGUAGGUGUGAAAGUCUUAUCGUCCUCUGAGAUAUCUGUUCACUGGAAGCACGUUCUAGAAAAAAUUGUGGAAAGCUAUCAGAUUCGGUACUGGGCCGCCCAUGACAAAGAAGCAGCUGCACACAGAGUUCAAGUCACCAGCCAAGAGUAUUCGGCCAGGCUGGAGAACCUCCUGCCCGACACCCAGUACUUUGUGGAAGUUGGGGCCUGCAACAGUGCAGGGUGUGGACCUCCAAGCGAUGUGAUUGAGACCUUCACCAAGAAAGCACCUCCCAGCCAGCCUCCCAGGAUCAUCAGUUCAAUAAGGUCUGGUUCCCGCUACAUCAUCACCUGGGAUCACGUCGUUGCACUAUCCAACGAAUCGACAGUAACAGGAUAUAAGGUACUCUAUAGACCUGAUGGUCAGCACGAUGGCAAGCUGUUUUCCACUCACAAACACUCCAUAGAAGUCCCAAUCCCCAGAGAUGGCGAGUACGUCGUAGAGGUUCGUGCACACAGUGACGGAGGCGAUGGAGUGGUGUCUCAAGUCAAAAUUUCAGGUGCACCCGCCCUGUCUCCAAGUCUUCUCGGCUUACUGCUGCCCGCCCUUGGCAUCCUCGUCUACUUGGAAUUCUGAAUGUGGUGUGACAACUACUGUUCCCGGCCCAGCUCAGAGAACACCCUUCAUCCCUGGGAUGACUACCGUUCCUUCCAACUCCUGCGGCUCCAUCCUAAGCCAAAUAAAAUAUACUUUAACAAACUAUCCAGCAGAUUUACAACCCAUGUUAUGACUGAGGCAUUCAGGAACCCCUUCAUCCAAAAGAAAAAACUUUUAAAUGGCUAUGAAAUGAUUUUUAACUCGUUCCAAUAUGCCUUAUAAACCACUUAACCUGAUUCUGUGACAGUUGCAUGAUUUAUUCCAAUGGGACAAGUUACAGUGUUCAACUCCAUACUAUAGGCUGUAGAGUGAGAGUAAAAUCACCAUAAACAGGUGCUUUAAAUCUAAUAACAAGUUGUGAAGUAUAAUAGAGGUUGAAAUGUCGGUCAUAUGUGGUAAAUGUAAGAGUAAUAGUUUCUUGUACUAUUCUUUCUGUUUUGGGUCCUGCAUAUUUCGAAUGGCCCCUAUCAUUCAUAACAUUUUGAGUUUUCAUGAAAAGUAAAAUAGAGUAUAACAAAAACAUUUUGACAUAAACCCCAUAACCAAAUCAUUUUACUGAGUUGAAAGAUGUUGAAUAUUGAAAACCAAAUUGUAGAACUUACUAUCAGUAUUCUUAUUUUUGAAGUCAGUAAUUUUCUAAGUAUUUGAUGUUCAGAAUCAGUGAUACUUUUCAGUUAGUUUUUAAAUGGGUAAAGUUAACAUAACAUGAAUCUUUUUUUUUUUACUUUUAUAUUCUACUCUGAAGUUAUCUUCUGCAUUUCUUAUCAUCACUUUGAAACCUCAGAAAUCACAGCUCUUAGCUAGAGUCUCAUGAUAUUGCUGUAUUUGUUCAUAUGUGGAAUGAUGAGUUUUGAGAAAUAGAGUGCUUCCAUUUUUGUUGUUGUUGUUGAAGUGUGACAGUCUUUACACAGCUAGGACAGCUAAGUAAAUAUGAAAAUUACCUAAAAAUAAUCUAGUAUCUUUGUUUUGUGCUACAUUUCUAAGUAUAACCUUCUUUAUUGGAGAGGUGGGAUCAAAAAAAAAUUACCUGUAGGUUGGAAAAGCUACGAUAUUCCUUUUUUAAAUUUUUUUUUUUUAGUUUUAAGUUCAUUUUCCACUUCAAUGCAAUACUGAAAACUGGCUAAAAAUACCAAAUCAAUAUAUUGCUGAUGGUACUUUGAAGAGUAUGCAAAACUGGAAGGCCAGGGGGAGACAGUGUAUCUGUCUGAUGGUGUCUGCCAGUGGUUGGUGCUUUGGGCUUUUGUAAGUUGUGACAAGGAAGAUGCACAUUUCUUCAUUCUCCAUGUGUGCACGGGAAAGUGAUUGAGUGUGGAUGUGAAAGAAAUCGAGUAAUAAAGAAUUAGCUGGCUCGUGAAAUAGUGCAAUGUCUGAAACUUCAAGAGGUAUAAUCCUAUUUUAUUAGCACAACCUUGCUAGCUAAUUAGAGAUAGAGUUUAUCUUUUUAGAAAGGAUACCUUAUAGGUUCAUAAAAAAAUAUUUGCAAGAAGCAAAAUAAAUCUAUUACUACUUUAUCCCCCUUUUCUUUCAUUUGUAUAAUUUUUGUACUAUAUAUCUAUGUGUAAAUGUUUAGAGCCUUCAUGAAGGAAAUAUCAAUAAAUAUUUCAUUAGUUUACAUUUAACUCUUUGUUAUAAAAUGAAACUUUUUAAACUAAGUGAAAUGGAUGAUUUCCCAUGGAAGUAUGUCAACAGUCUUCAGGUCAUUAUCAGAUUUCAUAAAAUACUUAAUUAUUUGGAAAAGAAACAAUAAUGUCUUCGUACUUUAGGGAAUCAAAUACUCUGUAAGCCUUCUGUACAAAUGUUGUGUUUUCAUUGUUACACUUUGGGGUUUUCCUUUUGCAAUGUGACCCAUGUUGGGCAUUUUUAUAUAAUCAAUGACAACUAAAUCUUUUGCCAAAUGCAUGCUUGCCUUUUAUUUUCUCAUAUACGAUAAUAAAGAGCAAAACUGGCUAGAUUUUGCAUGAAAUGGUUCUGAAAGGUAAGAAGAAAACAGACUUUGGAGGUUGUUUAGUUUUAAAUUUGUGACAGAGGUGAAGUAGAUUAAAAUCUCUCAUACAGUGAUAACGCAAGUUUUUCCUUUCCUCAUACAGCUGUAAGAAUUUGACCGGGACCAUCAGUUUUAAACUGCUGUCAAACUAAUGUAUCAUCUGCUUUAAGACGCAAGAUUCUUAAUUAAACUUUAUAUAGAUAGAGACACAUCCGUCGUUUCUUUGUAUUUCAGAAAAGGUGAUAGUAGUUUUAUUUGAUACUGAUAAAUAUUGAAUUGAUUUUUUUAGUUAUUUUUUAUCAUUUUUUCAAUGGAGUAGUAUAGGACUGUGCUUUGUCCUUUUUAUGAAUGAAAACAAAUGAUAAAGAAAUAAAUGUCUUACUGUUACCCAAGAAAUAACAACUCUCCUUUAAUUU